UAUCAUUACGUCUGCGUCUCUCAUUUGGACUAUUUCGCAUCGAAUGUUGUGGUCGACUCAGAUCGCAUAUCGAGGUGGUGAUUCAUUGGUUGUUACCGGACAGAGAAGGUCAGACAAAAGCUGAGGAUACCAGCAUUCAUGGCAACCGAAAAAUUUGAAUUCGACACCACGGCAAUGCACGCGUUAAACGCAAAUCUAAAGGAUCGAAUCGAUCAAAAAACCGCGACAUCCCUACGUCAAAAAUCUCUGUCCCCUGAGAGGGGGCUCCUCGUCUGUGCAGCCGAGGAAUUCGAGGCCGGAAAUUACCGAGCAGCAGCAAGUCACUACGAAGCCUACCUCAGUACUAGACAGGAACAUCCCGUGUACACCAACAAGCACUUCCGUCUGGACGUACUCGCCCAGUACCUGUUCUGCAAGUGCUUGCUGCAGUCCAACCAACUCACAGAACUGAAGAAGAUUCGAUCAAUCCUGGAAGACCUAGAGUCCUCAGUCGGUAAUGUCUACCCUAUGAUUUACCUGGGUCUCGUUCAAUUCUACAUUAAAACCUUCAACUUUGACGAGGCCAAUCGAAUGGCUACGAAAGGACUUUCCGUCGCUGAAAAAUCCGACGCUCCCUGGUACACUCUCCCCGCAUCGAUGACUGUCAUCCCCGAGAGUAAAAUACCGGAACUGAGAAAAGAACUGGUCAGCCUCAUGCAGGAGUGUUCAGCCUGGCAUAAACCAGACACCAAAUGCUUCAUGACAAUCUGCAGAUCAACAUCGGAGAAUCACAUCCACGGACGAAACAUAUUCCUGGAUGCUCCAGGUUAUAACGGAAUGGUCACACUCACUUGCAACAAUACAAAGUAUCCCUGCAAAAUUCACUUCCACACCGCCUGCUGGAAGGCCAAGAAGGACGAAGCGUCGUCAGUGGCCAAGAUCUCGGACAAAGACAUCUUCAAUUGGAAGUGUUUUACGCCGGACUGCGGCACCACGGAGCACCCUAGUCACAUAAUAAAGAUAACAAUUCAUAAAGAGGAUGGAAGUGUGAAGGAGAUCGAAGCCCCAGCUGACAAGUCCCAACGACACGUGCCACAGACAGCUUUAGCAUCGAAGGGAGCGACUCGCAAGCAAAAGCAACUGAUCAAGGCAACAUCCAGAAGUUCCAAGGUCAAGGGUCUGUCCACUGAGAGGCAGAUAGCGGUGCCUGGUAAACGUCGAGGCAAACCUUGUGUUAUGAAUUUAUGUCCUGUUGUACCGAGAAUAGCGAAAGCUAGUGAGUCCCUGAUGACGUCCACAGACGAUCCCAUCGGUCCGAAAGUCAUGGAGAUGAUAUCCCUGAGGGAAUUGAACUUUUAUGUAGAUCCGGAUAACGAUUGGAGACCCAGUAGGGCUUAUUAUGGUAACGAACACAUGAGGAGUACAAUUGACACGAGUUAUGGGCCAGAUUUUUUGGGAGACGAUGAUCACAGGAAUUCUGUUAAAGACUUUCUGUUCUCCUAUUUUUUAUCGUAUAUUAAGAACAGUGGGCCCAUUAAGAAUGAGGAGUUGAUAAGGGAGUGGAGGAGUCUGGCUGAGUACAGUGAUUUGAAGCUGAUUGUCAAUGAUUUUAAUGGAAUCACUGAUGUCAGAAAUUUUCUUCUUCAAUCAUUGAAGUUCGUGGCUGUUGGAAAUUAUAUUUGUAUACCAGCACUGCUGCCAGGGGCUUAUGCACUCGCUGGUGAGGAGACGGAGCUCAGGGUGAUGGAGAUGAUGGAGAAGAAAACGAUUGAUCUCAGUAGUGGACACUUAAAGAGGAGGAAGAAUAUGGAGGUCAAGAAGAAAGCUGAGAGUUGUAAUCAAGGUGUGAUUAAGACUGAGACGGUGGAAGGUGGAGAUGAUCCAGUCGAGAAUGAUAAAUUAUUGGUGAAUGUUGAUGAUUGUCUGCACGAGAUGAUGGAGGAGACGGAUGAGGACGACUGCAGCAUCGCUGCUGAGUCGGUAAAUUCGAGUGAUGGAAAUAUGAGCUUUCAGACACCUGUGAAGAGGAUGAAAAUUGAAGAGGUGGAGGAGAACGUGGGCUUCGAGGCGACGAAGGAUUUGGAAGAGAUGAAAGGAGAGCCGGUGAAAGAGGAAGAUGAGAAUGAGAGUGAUGAAAUGGUCAAACGAAUGGAUGAUUCUGAUAAGGAAGAGAUGAGUGAACAAAUUUCAGGGGGAGUUCAGGGGAGCUCCAAGAUGCCUGAGGUGAUCACAAAGCUGCAGACAGACGAGGUCAAGGAAGGAAAGAAUGUGGAGACAACAGAUCAAGAGGAGGAUAAGGAAGUACAUGAGCGUUGCAUCGUUGAGGCCGAGUCUGAGGGGACCCUAGAUGAUCAGGAUGAUCUGCCCUGGGAUGGUAAGCCCCAGGUCUCAAUCAAAGACGCUGAUACUCGUAAUAAACAUACGAAUUGCAGAUGCGAGAAACUCUCUGAUCAAGAAGCUAGGAUGAAAUACCUCGAGGAGAAGGUCCAAUGGUAUGAAGCGGAGCUUCGUAGAUGUGAUGCGAAAUUGCGAAUGAAUGCGGACGAACAACUUGACUCUAAUGAAAAACUUCAGAUGACUGAAGAGAAACUACAUGAGACUGGAGACAAGCUUCAAAAAUCUUAUGGCGAACUGGAGACGAUGAAAAUGAAACUCAAGGAGACUGAGGACAUGCUGAUGAGCACUAGAGACAAUGUUGACAGCAUUCAGAAGGAUUUGAAAAUCAAACAAGAAAUGCACACGGAGAUGAUGCGGCAGAUGUCGAAGAAAGUUCAGGAUUAUGAGUUCAAUUACAAUCUUAACUUGAUCACUUGCAAAAUCGAUAUAAUCCAGAGUCAAUACGCCACUAUAGCUAAACUCAAUCACUUUGUGUAUCAGAUUACAAAUAAUUAUUUGAAUGUUCAGUGGACAGAGUGGUCAGAUCUACUGGCGAAGCUCGAGAGGAUGCGUUCAGAUCUUGAGAAUGAGCACAGAAAUCUGACGACGUCGAUGAAAUCGAAUAGCUCGAGUGAAGAGGAAGAGCUAGCAUUCAGGACCUACAUGAACUCCAUCAAUUUACCGCCCCUGCCCCAGAGAAAUAUUCACGAUUUCAUGGAAUUAGCAGGAAAAAUGUUGACAAACCAUUACCAACAGCUGACAAUUAAUUAUGGUCGAGCUGUUGGGCCUGGUUUUACUGCGGGUUCACCACUGUUUCCAGUCUGGUAUCAGACACCGCCUCGUUUUCCACCACAAUCCCCACUGCUCCCUCACAUAGCACAGGUUCCACUUCCUGGGUACACAGCACCUCCCUAUAUGGGGCCGAUAUUUCCAAGGGAUGCGACAACUUAUGGGGGCACUCCUCUCAUCAUGACUGACGCUAUACCAAAUCAAUCAGCGACACCACCAUUGGCGCAGAUGUUUAAUGAUCACAGGAAGAACACUAAGGUGACGACAGGAAAUCUUGAGUCAGUUUCCAGUGAUGAUAAUUCUAAAAAGAGAGAUGAGAGUAGAUCAGAGAAUGCCGAUGGUCCCGAAGCAGAGGCUGUUGAUGUGAAGGAACAGCUGAAUGGACACCAUAUGACUGGAACGCAAGAUGUUAAGCCCCAGAUGGUGCCUUCUUUCCCAGUUGCUACAGCAACAACUAAAGAACCUCCUAAAAUUAAUUUUCCAACGGCUCCACAACCGAUGAUUAACACACCUCAACUCAUUUCGAAAGCUCCGGUACAAGAUCACGUGCAAACAUCUGCUCUAAAGCCUCAAGAACCAUUUUCAGCGAGCGUUUCUGCUUCAGCUGUGAAGUCACCUGAAGAAAUGAAAUCUGUCUUGGUGAUGCCAUCUGUUCCCUCCACCUCUUCACAACCUCCGGCUUCGACAUUCAAUGUGGCUCUAAGGGUUCCAGUUGAAAUCGACCGAGCUGUUCCUACUCGACCAAUGAAACCUGAAGAUUCAGCAUCAAAGUUUAUAUCGUCUGUAGUUUUAGCUUCGUCAUCACCAGUGAAGAAGACAUCGCAAGCAGAUGCUGUUUACAAGCAGAUGCAGCCACUUUCACCUGUUCCCAAAGUCAGAGUUUCCCAGAGUAUGCCAGUGGCUCCCUCAGUGAAGGAACGAUUGAAAAGACUUGAUCUCCAGGCAGCCAAAGUCUCUCCAGCACCAGCUCUUCAUCAGCCACUGACGAAAGCCAAAUUGUCAGAUCCAUCCCUUCCUCCUCUUCAUCCACUAAGUAUUCACCAAACUGAGGUGAGCACCAACGAUGUACCUGUCAAUGGAGCGACUGUUGUCAUGAAACGAAAGAUGCAGAGUAAGGACAAACUGCUGCAGAUCCUUCGUAAUAAACAUCCUGGAGUUCUGGAAUAUGAUCUCCUCUGGAGUAUUGAAAUUGUGAGGCAGAAACACAAUCACUCGCUGACUGGAUUGCCUAUGGUUCAGAUUAUCGCCGAGGCUGAUAAACUCAUUCAUUCCAGGCAGAAGCUCCAGUUGCUUUCUUAUACCUCCAGCAACAAGACGACUUAUGUCAAGAACCAGGGGAUCUACGUUACGGUGCACCCAGAAAGACUGAGAAAUGAUUCCACCAGCUCGACACCUUCUGUAUCGUCCUUCCAUCGAGAGCCUGUUGCAAAGAAGAAUCCUUGGGGCCAGCCCCAGAAUGUUUCCUGGACCAAAGAAUUCCCAGAAGUUGACUGUGUCAUCUGCUGGGAGACCCUAACCUCCGAAGGAACCAAACCAAUGUAUACUCUCAAGUGUCAACACACAUUCCACAAGACAUGCCUGAUCACUUGGUUCAAGCAGAAUAGAUCAUGCCCCACUUGCAGAAUCCACUCGACAAUUGAUGACGAUUUUCCUCCACUCCCUUAAUCAAGUUCCCCAACGACUAUGUGAUUUCUUCAUCGGGCUUGCCCGUCAUCCAGCGUCAGCAUUUAUUUUUAUUUUUUUUAUAACGAGUAUUUUAGGAACGUUAAGAAUAAGGUUUAUUUUUUUUCUCAACGGUUGAACUGUUGAGCGAUGUAUUAAUCACGUUGUUGAAAUGAUUAUUUUCUUUUGUACUGUUGUUUAUUGGUAAUAAUUACCACCAAAAACUUAUGGAAAAGCAUGGAGUCAGGCUGACAACAUGAUGCCACCAGCCUGGGGGAAUGAAUAGCAUUUCUCCUUCGUUAAGAUAACACAUUGUUCCUUGCGAAUUUCUAAAAUUAGGGAAAUUAUCAUAAUCAGGAUUUGUUGGAUCCACUUGUGAUGUAUUGCAUAACAACCUCGUAUCGUAUGGAUAUAAAUUUUUUGUAUCAUUUGGAUGAUAAAGUAUCACUCGUUUACAUCCAAAAACCUGCAAUUUAAUUGGAAAAUUAAAAAAUCGUCAUAAGUUGAUUGUUUAAUGUGUCUCACCUGACACAGAAGAUUAUUUUUUGGAUCGUAAUGAAGAGGAGAAAUUGUUCCUCUGGGUCCAAACCACGCGUUAACGUCUGGCAGAAUGUCUUCAGAAUUAUCGGAGAAGCUGCAGUAGUCGGGAAUUGAAAAGUCCUCUUUCAGUUCUGGAAUCUUAAUGAUAUGAGGUUGUUAUCAGAGAUGUUACAGAGGUUCUUGUUGAAUAGACAGUGGGGCUCUUACUUGUUCAAAGAGCUGAUGCUGCGCUAAAUAUCCAACUUUAGUAUUAUCUUUUGUAACGUGUGAUUUGAUAAAGUCUGAGAGAGUUAUGAGAUGUUGACACCAAUCUUCUUCGGUAUAUUUUGACCCUAUCUCUAUGGGAACUGUACGGGUUCCAGCCAUUUUUAUGAGGUAUUUGGGAUCCUUCCAAUGGGUCAGAGCUCGCCAAUGGUCUAGGCAUCCUGUGCAGGGAAAAGGGAUGAAGAAUUUUAGGUGCUCAAUGUGAUAGAAAUCCUUUCUAACGUGUAAUAAUUGUUGAAGAAACAAAAUUAGUUUUAUCGCGAGAGAGAUAGAUUUAUUUUUAUUUCAAAGUAUUAUGUUUCUACUUAAAGCUGGCAAGACUAUUUGUGUUGAGAGAAGUGUCACCGGAAAGAUCUAGUUUUUCAGGGAUCUAGAUCUUCGGAAAGUGAAAGGAGUCAUUCUAUAAACCCGUAUAUUUCUAUUUUCUGUACUUUCAGCUACAUAAACCAUUUUGAAGAAGUGAUAAUUAUUUGAAUGAAUAAAAUAAAUUUUAUAAUUCGUAAAAA